UCACGAGUGGCUUAUGAAUAUUUAAAGUUAACGACCCGCGGGGACCCCCUUAUUUGCAUACUCAUAUCGCAGAGACGCUUUAUAUUUGUGCAAACGAGGCCAAUUAACAUGCAAAUGAGCACCGGCCCCUGGACUAGCGGGAGUGUUUGUAUAUGCAGAUAAUAUCCUAAUGAAGACGGGACUUUGCCCAUUCACACCAAAGCAAAGGUACCGCCACCACCCCCCCCUUCUCCCCUUGGCUCUGACAGUUAUCAUUGGCAGUGAAGAGCGGAAGCUGAGGCAGGAUGAUGACAGUGAUGGCGGCCGCCAUGAGGGGCAGUCCGGUAGACGGAGGGACGGAUCGAGCCACGCUCCAGCCCUGUGUGGGAGGUUUUAGGGAAGUCGCGGCCCCAGGACAAGGAGGCGGAAUCCGUGUGAGUGAUUGAAGAUCAGCGAGAGCUGUCAAUCAAUCACGUGUUGAGGGGGGAUGCACACAUCCAACAGGGCGUGACAUCACUUCCAGCACCGGCUGACAGCUGUCAAUCACGCCUGGCUCCUUCCUCUUCCGGAUUUCCCAACUGCGAGAUGAGGAAGCAGGAGCAACUGACACCCAGACUGAAAGACAAACCCAGCCCCAAGCUUCCCGGGUGACCCCACAACAGCAACCGAGGAAGUGAAUCCAGGUGGCUCCAGCCAUUUUCUGCUCAGGAGGAAUCCCUGCCCCCCCCACUUCGAUGAUGGGCCCACCCCUGCCCUGCCUCAUCCUGCUGCUGUGCUUCACACUCACUUUUCCCGACCACGCCCAUGCCAUGGAGCUUCCUGCCGUGACCCUCUCUGACCCCAACCUCGCUCUGGCCUUGGAUGUGACCUUUGAUCCCAGGACUUGGAGCCUGUACUGGGAAUGCCAGGAAAACAUCACAGUAACAUCAUGCGUUGCCACGGAGCCCCUUCUGUCGGAGGGGAAACCAAGGCACAGGCGGAUCCGAGCAAGGAAUUGUGUCUGCCAGUUCCAGCCGAUGGUCCUGCACCGUGGGCUCACGCUAGAGGUCAAUGGGACUAUCAAUAACCAGCCAGCAUACCGAAAACUGAACUAUGUCAAUACUGGCCUGGAGGGCUCAGCCGCAGAGAAUGUGACAUGCAUCAUCCGCGAUGCGAGCAUCAUGACUUGCAACUGGAGGGUGGGACCCACAGCGCCUGAUGACGUGCGUUACUUCCUGUACUUUCGUGAUGCUUCCAGCAGGGGGGGCGUAGCGGCAAGAGAGUGCCCCACCUACCUGGGCACUGACGCACACCAUGGCUGCCGUGUGGACGAUCUGUCACUGCUGCCGCAUCGCAUCUACAUCAUUGUGACAGGGGUCAGCCAGGAAGCCGAAGUGCGGUUCCACGAUGUUAUCUUGAACAGCAAACUCAUCGAGCAACUCAGCCCCCCGAGUGACGUCACAGUGACUUGCAACGCAUCCCACUGUGAAGUCACAUGGUCACGGCCAAGGACCUGGGCCCGCCUCUCCUUCCGGGACUUUCAUUACGAGGUGGACGUGCAGAGACAGGAUGUUGAACCUGGAAGCUGGAACCCUAUGGUCCGAAUUUCCAGUGAGGAGCAAAACCACUUCAUCUUCCUGAGCCCCGAGCCCAGGCCAGGUCAUGUGCUGCGCCUCCGGGCUGGCGAUGUGCGCAGCGAGCGCUGGAGUGACUGGAGCCCCCCCCUCACUUUUGGCUGCCAAGAGAGUAGAAUUCCCACAAUGAACCUGUACUUGCUGCUGGCAGCCGGGACCCUGCUGUGUACUCUGGGGCUCGGGCUCCUCAGCAAAAGGUUUGUUAGGACCUGUGAGCUGUUACCCCGGAUCCCGGAGAUCAGGGACAAAGUGACAGACAACGAUCAAGUCAACUCUGAGAUUCUCAGGAAGGACAUCUUGCUGGUCCUGUAGGAAGCUGAACUUAUGACAUUACCACAUUGACGUCACAGUCACAUGAAGUUCCACUAUCCCCUACGCACAUAGCAACUGGAAGUUCCCGCUUUGCCCUCCCUUGACUUCCAGUUCAUUUUUAACAAUGUGAGGAAUAAACAUAAUUUUUCCCAA